AUGGACAAAGAGACAUUGUUUGCAAAGCUAGAGAGAAUGACAAAAGAUGAAGCCUUCUCAGAAUAUAAUAUAAAAUACUACACAGUCUCAGAUUUACUAGAAGAUCCCUUACUAGGAAGAAGUGUAAAGAGCCUGUAUGAAAGGAACUACAUGUAA